AUAUGCAUCAGCCCUAACAACGUCACCCCACAACCCCAGGAAUUAGGAAUCCGCAGCUCCGGUGGACUAAUUUCUCCUCCUUGAAGUGGAAUCAACGGCCGACGGAUAAGAAGUUUGCCGCUCUCCACAGCACCGACGUGGGGAAAGUGUGGGGAGAACGCCACGGGGGGAUCAUCCGAUAUGGGGAAGUAAAAAAUCCAAGUAUAGAUAAGCUGCAUUUAAAACGUAGCGCCCCUCCUCUUCUCCAGCUCUCUUCAACCAGUCACAGCUCCUUCAAUUGCUAUCCAACAUGACGCGCGCACAAUCAGACAAGCCCACGGGCGAGUACCGCCAAUAUCUACCCGACCUGAGCCUGAAACGCUUCCAGGUAAUGCGCACUCAAGACGCGCAUGAAUAUGCCCAUAAUUUCAAGACCCUUCAUAACCCACCAUGGCUGCAUGCGCUGUACACGCACUGGUUGGAUUUAUUGCAGGAGCCAUUCAAGGGUGUCACGACCGAUGGAAAUGUCCGACCCGGGCUCUUCACAUUACAAGAUGAAGAUGUUCCCAUCGGCACAAUAGUAAGUGCAGUUGAGUCUCUACUCUCCAUAGUAGACGACAAACAACGCCAAGCACUCUCAUAUCACAUCGACUCCCCCGAAUGGCGCACAUGGUCAAACCCUGAAUUCCUCCUCAGCCACAAAGGCCUCCGUCUCGACGAAGUCAACGCUAAGACCCGCGACGCAAUUCUGAACGUGCUCAAGGCUACGUUAUCACCAGAAGGCUACGACAAGGCCGUUAAAGCCAUGCGCAUCAAUCACUUCCUAGGCGAGCUCGUCGAAUCACCAAAGGUGAUGAACGAGUUCUCCUACAACUUCGUCCUGUUUGGACGUCCCUCUACCACCAGGCCCUGGGGCUGGUCGUUCUACGGCCAUCAUCUCUGUCUGAACGUGUUCCUGUACAAGGGCCAGAUCGUCGCCUCGCCGUGGUUCACAGGCGCAGAACCCAAUGAGAUCGACUCCGGUCCGUAUGCAGGCACCCGCAUUAUGCAGGCCGAGGAGGAACUGGGCCUCCAACUUAUGCAGUCGCUCAGUCCAGAUCUCCAGCAGCAGGCUCGCGUGUACGCUGAGAUGCAUGACCCCGCAAUGCCACCUGGUCGCUGGAACAAGGAUGACCAGCGACAUGUGUGCGGUGCGUAUCGGGAUAACCGAGAGGUUCCGUACGAGGGUAUCCUCGCUUCGUCGCUCAACGAGGAGCAGAAGGAAUUGCUCUACGGUAUAUUGGAGCAGUAUCUACUUUACCUCCCCAAGCGAUCGCGGGAUAUGAAACUGGAUCACAUCCGGCAAUUCCAGUCAGAGACGUACUUCUCCUGGAUUGGUGGUUUUGGCGACGAGGAUCCGUUUUAUUACCGGAUCCAGAGCCCCGUGGUUCUCGUGGAGUUUGAUCAUCAUUCCGGCGUCUUCUUGAACAAUGAAGAGCCGAAGAAGUUCCACAUCCAUACUUUGCUGCGCACGCCUAAUGGUGGUGACUACGGAUAUGCCCUGCGGCCGUUGAUUCCCGCUGUGGAGGGAAUAGUGGGGAAGGACAUUACGUGGGAGAAGUCGGCUCUUUAGGCGGGCCGAUGCUGAUAUUAGAUGAUGUUAUGCGAUAGACGUACAUAGUGAGCAUAUGAGAUACUAGACCGUGCCAAAUGAAGCGUCCAUGAUAUGUUGACUUCCACUUUCCCGGCUGGUUCACUCUACGUAACUGC